AUGGAGACUGUCAAGUACACCGAGACACAAGGAAAUAGGGAUGAUGCUCAAAUAAAGUCACCUGAUGAGGCAAUGCCCGUUGAGCCCAAAGUCAUACCGGCUCCCCUGGUCCAGGCUUCAUUGGGUCCUGCAGGACCUUCACCAAAGAGCCUUGAUGAAGAUUCUGUGGAAGACAUCCCACGGAGAAUUCCCCCCAACCCUGCAGCCUACCAGCAGAGGUUCCGCCAGUUCCGCUAUGAGAGUGCCCCUGGGCCCAGGGCUGUCCUCCAGCGUCUCCAGGAGCUUGCUGAGCUGUGGCUGAGACCCGACAUCAACACAAAGGAGCAGAUUAUGGAAAUUCUGGUGCUGGAGCAACUGCAGGCCAUCCUGCCAGAAGAACUUAAGGGCCAGGUGCGCAGAUUCCGCCGCGGAGUCAGAAUUACUGGCUGA